ACGUGCUGCUGCCAACCUUCAAAUAUGUCCAUAGUUAACAUCUACAUUCACGACGAGAACAUCUACAACGUGGAAAAGAAACCGCCCGAAAAGCCUCCCAAACCCCCGCUCUACCACUCCCGGUUUGAGCAUCAGGUCCGGCAGGAGACUAAAUCCUGCAAGGACGCUCACCGUACGAUGGGUUUCUCGAAGAUUCCACUGCCCGGUCCAAACGAGUUCCUGAAGAAAAACUGUGGCCCACGCUAUCGGGCCACUAAAUCGGCACCGGUUCGGCUUUGCACUAGCCACAAACCACCGGUUCCCAAACCGAACGAAUCUGGCGCCUGUCAGGUGUUGAAGGUGGUUGAUUUUAAAAAGGAGAACAUUAAAAAGGUUGUUGCUACCAGCCCGAAGAAGGCGCGACCACGGUAUGCCGAUACACGGAAGGGAGAUUUUCACGAUCUGGAAAGAUCGGGCCUGAUGCCGAUCUACAUGUGCCGACCGAAGUUCGGUAAAGUACCACAAUAUCUGAUGCGACGAAAGAAAGAUCUGGCCGCACAGAAGGAACGGUUGAUUGAGGAUUGCGCACAGCAAAAGCCACGCUGUACGUAUAUCUCGCAGGAGGAACGGGUCGAGUUGCUGAAGGGUUUGAAGAAAAAUUGGGAAAAACUGCAGCAAGAGUACCAAAGCCUUCCGCUACUGACGGACACCGUGCCGAAGAUGAUACGCAAGGCGAAACUGGAAAAUAAUUUGAAACAAUUGGAAAAGGACAUACUAACAAUCGAAAACAACCCCUACAUCUACCUGUACGACGACGAACCCAAGGAGGCGGCAUAA